GCGCUUUAAUCCCAGCUGGGAGAGAUGCUCAGAUAGAUGAACACACUCAGAUUAGUGAAUCGGAGCUGAAACAACAAGAACUCGCCUCGGAUUUAUCUCCUCUUCCUCACUUUUUUAUUUUUCCCUCCGCCUGGAUGUAAAUCGAUAAAUCAAUCGAUGAAUGGAUGAAGUGAUCGGAAAGACGGAGGAUUAACUGGAGCUCUGUUUGGCAGGAAUAAAGUUGAAGUAGAAGAAGAAGUAGAAGAAGAUGAGGAGGAUGAGGAUCUGAUGAGGAUCAAAGCGAUCGGAAACUGAUCAAAGUGAUUGAUGAUGAUUGUUUGGAGCUGAAGCAGCAGCGGAGAUGUACGAGGAGAACCGCCGAGGUACCGGUCGUAACGGCUACAACAAGGCAGUGGACGGAGAGGAUGGAGGGGGGGAGGGGGAGGAGGAGGAGGAGGAGGGAGGGGAGGGGGAUGGGAGCGGAGAGGGAGGAGGGGGGGAGGAGGGGGAGGAGAGAGACGCCGACUGGGAUGAACACCUGGAUGGCGAGAACGAGGGCGGAGUCAGGAUGACAAGAACCGACACGCUUCACUCAACCACAAGUUCAACCGGAACACAGAGGAGGAGGGGACAACACGCUAAGAAACAGGUGCAAGGCAGUAACCAGGUGCAGCGUGCUCCUCGAGCGUUAUACUGCCUCAAACUCAACAACCCGAUCAGACGGGCUGCGCUCUCAAUCGUAGAGUGGAAACCGUUUGAUAUCUUCAUCCUGCUAGCCAUCUUUGCUAACUGUGUCGCUCUGGGAGUUUCCAAACCGUUUCCUGAGGAUGACUCAAACUCCACUAACCAUGACCUGGAACAAGUGGAGUACGUGUUCCUCAUCAUCUUCACCGUGGAGACCUUCCUGAAGAUCCUGGCCUACGGUCUGGUGAUGCACCCCAGUUCCUACAUCCGCAACGGAUGGAACCUGCUGGACUUCGUCAUCGUCAUCGUCGGGUUGUUCAGCGUCGUCUUGGAGCAGAUGACCCACAAGUCGGGUGGUGAACAGGCGACGACCCACCAUGUGCCGGGAAAACCUGGAGGUCUGGACGUCAAAGCUCUGAGAGCCUUCAGGGUCCUGAGGCCCCUCAGACUGGUGUCCGGAGUUCCCAGUCUGCAGAUUGUGUUGAACUCCAUCAUGAAGGCGAUGGUUCCUCUGCUGCACAUUGCUCUGCUGGUCCUCUUCGUCAUCAUCAUCUACGCCAUCAUCGGCCUCGAGCUCUUCAUCGGACGCAUGCACAGGACCUGCUACUACAUUGGGACAGAUAACUACGUGGAGGACGAACCGGUUCCGUGUGCGUUUGCGGGUCACGGCCGGCAGUGUGUCGUUAACGGGACGGAGUGUCGCGGCCGGUGGGACGGUCCCAACGGAGGAAUCACCAACUUUGACAACUUCUUCUUCGCCAUGCUGACGGUGUUCCAGUGCAUCACCAUGGAGGGCUGGACCGACGUCCUCUACUGGAUGAACGACGCCAUCGGCUUCGAGCUGCCCUGGGUUUACUUCGUCAGUCUGGUCAUCUUUGGCUCCUUCUUCGUUCUCAACCUGGUUCUGGGAGUUCUGAGCGGAGAGUUCAGUAAGGAGAGGGAGAAGGCGAAAGCUCGAGGAGAUUUCCAGAAGCUGCGGGAGAAGCAGCAGAUGGAGGAGGAUCUCUGUGGAUACAUGGACUGGAUCACUCAGGCCGAAGACAUGGACGAGCUGGACGAGGACGGAAACCCACGUCCGUCUUUAGGAGAUCUGUCGGAUAAGAAGAGAGGAAAGUUCGGAUGGUUCAGUCACUCCAAUGAAACUCACGCGAGUCUUCCUGCCAGUGAAACAGCUUCUGAAAACACCGAGAACAUCGAUGAGGAACAUACCAACUGCUGCCAGGCCUGCUGCGCUCGGAUGAUGAAGAUCGGCUGCUGUCGGACGCUGCGACGCUGGAAUCGAGUCUGUCGGAGAACGUGUCGCACGGCCGUCAAAUCUGUGACCUUCUAUUGGCUGGUUCUGCUGCUCGUCUUCCUCAACACCUCCCUCAGCGCCUCCGAGCACUACAACCAACCUGAUUGGCUGACACAAGUGCAGGACAUAGCCAACAAGGUGCUGCUGUCCCUGUUCACGGUGGAGAUGCUGCUGAAGAUGUACAGUCUGGGUCUGGCUCACUACUUCGUGGCCUUCUUCAACCGCUUCGACUGCUUCGUGGUCUGUGGGGGCAUCAUGGAGACCAUCCUGGUGGAGCUGGGCAUCAUGCCUCCUCUGGGGAUCUCCGUGCUGCGCUGUGUCCGGCUGCUGCGCAUCUUCAAGGUCACACGCCAUUGGACGGCUCUGUCCAACCUGGUGGCGUCGCUGCUGAACUCCAUGAAGUCGAUCGCCUCGCUGCUGCUGCUGCUCUUCCUCUUCCUCAUCAUCUUCGCUCUGCUCGGGAUGCAGCUGUUCGGGGGAAAGUUCAACUUCGACGAGACGCAGACCAAACGCAGCACCUUCGACGCCUUCCCGCAGGCGCUGCUCACCUGCUUCCAGAUCCUGACAGGUGAGGACUGGAACGUGGUCAUGUAUGACGGCAUCAUGGCGUACGGCGGUCCCGUGUUCCCAGGGAUGAUCGUCUGCGUGUACUUCGUCAUCCUCUUCAUCUGCGGUAACUACAUCUUGCUGAACGUCUUCUUGGCUAUCGCCGUGGACAACCUGGCCGGAGGAGACGGAGACGACAAGAAGAAAGAGAAGAAGAAUGAAGGAGGUGAAGAGGAGGGGGCCGAGGAGGGAGCAGAAGAAGUGAAGGUGGACAUCGAUGAAGACACCGAGUACGAGGAGGAGGAGGAGCUUCCUGAAGGAGAUGACGAUGGAGGAGUCCAGUUAAAGAUGGCCGACCUCGCUCCUCCCAAAGAGAAGGUUCUUCCCAUCCCAGAAGGCAGCGCUUUCUUCUGCCUCAGCAAGACCAACCCCAUCCGUGUGGCCUGUCACACUCUGAUCCACCACCACAUCUUCACCAACCUCAUCCUCGUCUUCAUCAUCCUCAGCAGCUGCUCGCUGGCCGCCGAAGAUCCAAUCAGAGCGCACUCCUUCAGGAACAACAUCCUGGGUUAUGCAGACUACGCCUUCACCUCCAUCUUCACCGUGGAGAUUCUGUUUAAGAUGACCGUCCACGGAGCGUUUCUCCAUCAGGGUUCAUUCUGCAGAAACUGGUUCAACCUGCUGGAUCUUCUGGUCGUCAGCGUCUCUCUGGUCUCUUUCUUCCUGCACUCCAGCGCCAUCUCAGUGGUGAAGAUCCUCCGAGUUCUCAGGGUUCUCCGACCUCUCAGGGCCAUCAACAGAGCCAAAGGACUCAAGCAUGUGGUCCAGUGUGUGUUCGUGGCCAUCAGGACCAUCGGAAACAUCAUGAUCGUCACAACUCUUCUGCAGUUCAUGUUCGCCUGCAUCGGAGUCCAACUGUUCAAGGGUAAAUUUUAUCGCUGCACAGACGAAGCCAAACACACUCCGGAACAGUGCAAAGGAACGUUCGUGGUCUACAAAGACGGCGAUGUGAGCCACCCGAUGGUCAGAGAGCGAAUCUGGGUGAACAGCGACUUUAACUUCGACAAUGUGCUGAUGGGGAUGAUGGCGCUGUUCACCGUCUCCACCUUCGAGGGCUGGCCAGCGCUGCUGUACAAAGCCAUCGACGCCAAUGGAGAGAACUCUGGUCCCAUCUACAACUACAGGGUGGAGAUCUCCAUCUUCUUCAUCGUCUACAUCAUCAUCAUCGCCUUCUUCAUGAUGAACAUCUUCGUGGGUUUCGUCAUCAUCACCUUCAGGGAGCAGGGAGAGCAGGAGUACAAGAACUGUGAGCUGGACAAGAACCAGCGUCAGUGUGUUGAAUACGCUCUGAAAGCUCAGCCGCUGAAGCUCUACAUCCCCAAGAACCCGGUUCAGUACAAGUUCUGGUCCAUCAUCAACUCGACGGGCUUCGAGUACGUCAUGUUCGUCCUGAUCCUGCUGAACACCGUCACUCUGGCUGUGCAGCACUACGAACAGUCCAAAACCUUCAGCUACAUCAUGGACAUCCUCAACAUGGUCUUCACCGGACUCUUCACCGUGGAGAUGCUGCUGAAGCUGCUGGCGCUCAGACUCAGGCAUUAUUUUGUGGACGCCUGGAACUCCUUUGAUGCUCUGAUCGUAGUCGGCAGCGUCGUGGACAUCGUGGUGACCGAGUUCAGCAGUGGAGAGGACAGCUCCAGAGUCUCCAUCACCUUCUUCCGCCUGUUUCGAGUGAUGCGAUUGGUCAAGCUGCUGAGUAAAGGGGAGGGGAUUCGUACGCUGCUGUGGACCUUCAUCAAAUCACUGCAGGCUCUACCGUACGUCGCUCUGCUCAUCGCCAUGAUCUUCUUCAUCUACGCCGUCAUCGGCAUGCAGACGUUUGGGAAGAUUGCAAUGCAGGACUACACUCAGAUCAACAGGAACAACAACUUCCAGACGUUUCCUCAGGCCGUCCUGCUGCUCUUCAGGUGUGCAACAGGUGAGGCGUGGCAGGAGAUCAUGCUGGCCAGUCUUCCAGGGAAACGCUGUGAUCCAGAAUCCGACUACGAACCCGGAGAAGAGUUCAGCUGCGGCAGCAACUUCGCCAUCGUUUACUUCAUCAGCUUCUUUAUGUUGUGUGCUUUUCUGAUCAUCAACCUGUUCGUCGCCGUCAUCAUGGACAACUUCGACUAUCUGACGCGUGAUUGGUCGAUUCUGGGGCCGCAUCACCUGGACGAGUUCAAGAGGAUCUGGUCUGAGUACGAUCCGGAGGCCAAGGGUCGGAUCAAACAUCUGGACGUUGUCGCUUUGCUCCGGAGGAUUCAGCCUCCUCUGGGUUUUGGCAAACUUUGUCCUCACCGAGUCGCCUGCAAGCGUCUGGUGGCCAUGAACAUGCCUCUGAACGCCGACGGGAUGGUGACCUUUAACGCAACGCUGUUCGCUCUGGUUCGGACCGCCCUCAAGAUCAAGACUGAAGGUAACCCUGACCAGGAGAACGAGGAGCUGAGGGCGAUCAUCAAGAAGAUCUGGAAGAGGAUGAAGCCGAAGCUGCUGGACGAAGUCAUUCCACCUCAUGAAGAGGAGGAAGUGACCGUGGGGAAGUUCUACGCCACCUUCCUGAUCCAGGAUUACUUCAGGAAGUUCAGGAAGAGGAAGGAGAAAGGAGAUAUGCCGGAGUCAGACUCAGCCAAUCCCUCUGCAGUACAGCUGUGUAAAGCCGGACUGAAGACUCUGCAGGAUCUGGGUCCAGAGAUGCGUUUGGCUCUGAAUGAAGAUCUGGAGGAGGAAGAGGAGGCCAUGAUGGAGGAAGAGGAGCUGGAGGAGAACGCCGCCUAUAAAGAAAACGGUUUUGGACCAGACAAAGAUCGACGAGGCUCCAUACUGACACCUACUGGGCCCGGCGGUGUCGUCGGGGACGGCGGCGUCUCUAACGGCGGUCUGAUCCACCGGGUCGGCUCCCUCACCAAGAUGGUGAACGGCAGCGAGCAGGAGGAGCAGCUCCGCCGUGGCGACAGCAUGAGGUCAUCCGUCAAUCAUCACCAGCGCCACCCGUCGCUGAAGAACGGCGUCCUGGACCACGCCCACAAGAGGCCGUCCUACUACAAGCACGGCAGGAGGGACUCGAGGGACCGGACCUGGAGGAACGGAGACGUGGAGACGUACGGAGAGCAAGGAUACUACAGCAGAGAGGAGGACAACGACAGCAUCAGCUCCAGAGACAGACGUUACCCAGACGAGCCUCCUCUGUACAGAGACCACUACGAUGGCCACGCCUCCUACAACGGUAGCUAUGGUAACGGCUACGGCGACGGCAGGAGGACGACGAGGCGACGGCUGCUUCCGGCCACGCCCACAGGUCGGAAGCCGUCGUUCAACAUCCAGUGUCUGAGGAGGCAGGGCAGCAGCGACGACCUGCCCAUCCCCGGGACGUACCACCCGACGUCACCGCCACGCCGCACACGCCCCCAGAUGUUCAACAGCUACGAGUCCCGGCACUCCUCCGGCCGAUCCUUGGCGGCGUCCUCGGCAUCCUGGGCCAAUCCCUGUCCUCGGCGUGGUCGGCUCCUCUACGCCCCCCUGAUCCUGGUGGAGGAGGAAGGAAGUCCACCAUGGGGAGGAGCAGGAGGGGAGGGCAAGAAGGGAGGAGCAGGAAGAGGUGUCAGUGUGACGGGUGCAGCUCCCAGACCGGCCUGGUACGGUGGCCCUGCAGGGACAUCAGCUCCGCCCCCUUACCGGGCCUACACCACCCUCAGAGUUCCUUCUCAGCUGGGAGCUCAGCUCACGGAGAAGCGAGGAUCGGCCGACAGCCUGGUGGAGGCGGUUCUGAUCUCGGAGGGCCUCGGACUUUAUGCUCGGGAUCCCAAGUUUGUGGCGUUUGCGAAGCGGGAGAUCGCCGACGCGUGUCACAUGACGGUGGAUGAGAUGGAGUCGGCCGCCAGCGACCUGCUCGGUUCUGGGACUCACAGUUUCCUGAACAACGCCGGCGCCGCCGACCCGGCAGCACUGUACAGCGACGAGGAGCCAAUCAGGACGGGCCACGAUGAGGACGAACUGGCAGACGAGAUGACCUGUGUGACAUCAUUCUGAGGCUCUGGACCAAUCAGGGAUGGACUGAGGAGGGCGGGACAUCCGUCAUCAACAGGAGGGAUAAUUGGACUUUGACGGACAGGACAACUGACCAGUCAGAGAAAGGAGGCGGGGCUUAAAGCAGAAUUGAUCAGAGUUAGCGAUGGGGACCAAACACUGGUAGCUAGGAGCAGAUGAUCAAGCUGUUAGCUUAGCACAGUUCAGGCAGAGUUACUCCAAACUAACUAAACAAAACUGAGCUGCUGCCUCAGAGUUUAGCAUCACGCUAACUAAACCUAAAUGAAACCGUUGAUAUCAGCUGUUAGCUUGUCUGAUGACGUUUACAGCACAGAGAUACAGCUAGCCUACCGACGUAAACAAUGAAAAAAAUAAUCUAUAAAAACAACCCUGAAACUGUCUGACACUGAUGAAGCUAACGGCUGCUAGCUCCACUGCUAAUGCUAAUGCUACCUGCUGUUGCAUUGCUGUUCCUCCAGGAUCCACUGUUUGGUUUCAGCACAACGAACGACAACAUUAGUUCUUUUUUUUCUUUUCUGGUUGAUGAUUAAAAAUGCAAAUAUGUUGGAUUUUUAUGUUUUUUGAUUUUGAUAAUAAAAUGCAGAAGUCAGAACAACCACAUGCACAUAGUAACCAUCCCUACCUGAAAAUAAUCCAGCUGUAUGUUGGUUCUGUAAACAUGAACCAAAAGAAGAGAAUUUUGUUUUAUAUGAUUUCUUCUUCUCUCAUUGGAGUGCUGACAUCAAACUGUUAAAAUGUACAAGAACCUUCAUAUUCCAGAAUAAAUAUGGAAACUUAUUUCCACCAGUAAAAGAACAGAUUUAAAAUAGAAACAUUUACAAUAAGUGAAAGAUGUCAUGUUCCAGAGUGAAAUUAUUACGUGAGAUAAACAUUCAAACUUUUGACCAAGAAAGUCAAAGUUCUGUUGUAAAAAAGAAAAAACAAGAGCAAUUUUACAAUAAACGUUGUUGAGAUGUUUCGAUAAGAUUUAUCUUCUGAUUUGUCAAAAAAUAUGAUGUAAAAAGUGUAAAUUUCAUGAUAAACUUUAUAUAAGUCUUAGUAUGAUUUAUCUCAUAGGUGACCCAGAAAGUCAGAAUUACAUUUUGUAAAAAACUAAUUUUACACCAAUAUUGCUAAUAAACUUCAAAUUUGUUAAAUGAAGGCAUGAAAAAUGUAAAUUUUGCAACAAAAAUUUUAACAUAAUUGAGAUAUUUUCUUAAGAUUUGUUGCGUAAUUGACCCUGAAAAUAAUAAUUACGAGGUAAAAAAGUGGAAAUUUGGUCAAAAUAGGAAGAUUUUCAUAACAGAAAGUCAAAGUAAAGAUUUAAAUGCCUCUUACUGACACAAAUGAGCUUCCAUAGAAUAUUUACUGUGAGAAAACUUGAGAAAAGAUGUGAAAGAGUCUGAGAAAAGGAUGGUUUGUGUCUGAGUAGAUUAAUAGCAUGAAUGAGUGGAGUUUAAAAGGAGGCCUGAGAUGCUGAGCUUCCUGCUGCCUGUGGAACUUUGUGUUUUAUUCUCAUAACUGCCGUCCACAAACUAUGAACUGAAAAGACUUUUUGUCUCUUUUUUAUUUGCCAGUGUUUGUUCAGCUUUUCUUAUUUAAACGUCUGAUGUUUUUUAUUGACAGAGAGGACUGCAUCUUGGUGGUGUUUUUGUCUCGUCUGAACUCUUGUGUUUCCGUUUUUUCCCGUUUUGCUUUUACAUUUUGGACAGUUUCCCAGCAGUUAAGGGCUUUUUGAUUCCUCGCCUGGAUUUCCCUCCAAACACCUCCUGACAUGUUGAGAACUGAGUGUUCAGCUGAGAAACACCUCUGAGUGAACCUUCAUUUAACUCGAAUAAAGACCAAAAACAA